AUGGGAACUACCGAUUCCAAAGUUGAUUUUCGUUUAGCUGUUGGUCAAUUAAUAUCUCGUAAUCAACCACUUGAAACAAGGGAUGAAUCAUUUUGGGAUCAAUUUUGGUCGGAUAAAAUUUCUAAUAUUCAAGAUAUAUUUACUUUAGUACCAGCUACUGAAAUUCGAGCAUUACGAGAAGAAUAUCCAUCGAAUUUAGCAACAUUAUGUAAUAAACUUGUUGAUCGUUUACAAUUAGCUGCAGAAAAUUCAUGUCAAACACAACGAGAUCAAAUAGCUGCAAUUAAUUGUAUUCGAUUACUUACUCGUAUAUUACCAUAUAUAUUUGAAGAACCAGAAUGGCGAGGUUUUUUUUGGUCGGAUAUUCCUAUCGGACAACAAACAGCAUCAAAUGGAGAAUAUAUUAGUAAACCACCAUUAGCUGAACGACUUCUUCGAAUAUUAGCAGAUCUUUUAUUUUGUCCAGAUUUUACGGUUUCUUCUAAGAAGAAAAAAGGACCGGAUAAUCCGGAAGAUAUAAAUACGAUUGAUAGUUGUGAAUAUAUUUGGGAAGUUGGUGUUGGUUUUUCUCAAUCACCUGUACAUACACCAAGCAAUGAUAGAAAUCGAACAGAAAUUCUCAAACUUUUACUUACUUGUUUUUCAGAAACGAUCUAUAUGAAUCCAUCGGUUGAACUACAAUCGCAACCAAACAAAUGGUUAACUUAUUUCACAUCCAGUCGUAAUCGUCAAACAUUGCCUUUAUUUACAUCAUUAAUAAAUAUAGUAUUUUCUUAUGAUCCUGUUGGUUAUAUACCAUAUAAUUAUCUUUUAUUUACUGAUACACGUGAACCUCUAGUCGAAGUUGCUGCUCAAUUAUUAUGUGUAACACUUGAUAAUUUUUCAGCAUCAUCAUCAUCAUCAUCAUCAUCAAUAUCAACAGAUGAUCAAGUUCCAUCAUUACCAACAAGUAAAACACCAAUAGGAGAUGAUUGUUCAAAUUUAUUUAUCAAUUAUUUAUCACGUAUUCAUCGAGAUGAUUCAGUUGGUAGUAAUGAAUUAGAUUUGUUAAGAAAUUUAGAAAAUUAA